AUGAAAUCACCCAAGCUAGCGCUUCAAACUGGAAAGCAGAAAUUUCUGAAGAUCUUUACUAAAGUCAUUAACGACGACAUGAAGUCAAGAAGUGUUACUCGCAGGAAAGUGUCAGCUUCUUCUCCUACUACAGAGAAGAUAGUUGAUAAUUUAUGGUGUGAUGAUAUGGUUGUUGAUGAAGGCGUUUUCUGUGAAGAAGAAAUUGUGCCGAGAAUUGACUUUCUCUCAAAUCUCCCAUAUGAAGUCGCCUCAUAUAUACUCAUGUUCUCGGAUUUCCGAGCACUAUGCACUGCUUCUUUGGUCUCUAAGAACUGGUAUGUUAUCGCAAAUGAUAACGAAAUCUGGCGAUACAUGUUCUCUCAACGUAAGACAUGGAAAGUGUCUAUUCCUCGCAACAUUCUCCUGUCCAGAUCGAUAAAUUGGAAAAAAUUGUACAUGAAUCGACGCAAACUUGAUAACAGAUGGAAAGAUGGCGAUUGUACCAGUACAUAUCUCCGAGGUCAUUCUGACAGUGUAUACUGUAUUCAGUUUGAUGAGGAGAAAAUUGUGACUGGAUCGAGAGAUAAAACUAUCAAGUUUUGGAAUAUCAAAAGCGGGCAGUGCAUCAAGACAUUGACCGGACAUUGCGCAAGUGUGUUGUGCCUUCAGUACAACGAUGAGAUUAUGGUCACUGGGUCUAGCGAUACUACAAUUAUAGUAUGGAGUAUGAUAGAUUAUUCUAUAAUACGUCGACUGAGAGGCCAUAGCAUGGGAGUAUUAGAUAUAUGUUUUGAUACCAAAUAUAUCGUCUCCUGUUCAAAAGAUCAUCGCAUUAAGGUCUGGGAUGUCCACACUGGCGACCUUAUUCGUACUUUGAUUGGACAUCGUGGUCCAGUUAAUGCAGUACAGUUAAAGGACGAUAAGAUAAUCUCCGCUAGUGGCGAUGCUUUUAUUAAACUUUGGGAUGUAGAGACAGGCAGGUGUAUACGAGACUUCACUGGACACACUGGUGGAUUAGCGUGUGUUCAGUUUGAUGGGAAAUGGAUAGUGAGUGGGAGUAAUGAUAGGUCUAUCAGAGUGUGGGAUGUGAACACUGGACAGUGUGUGCGAACACUGGAGGGACAUAGUGGACUAGUAAGGACAUUACACUUCGAUGAGGAUAAAAUAGUUAGUGGUAGCUAUGAUCAGAGCGUAAAAGUGUGGGAUUUGAAGACUGGAAAACAGCUGCUGGAUUUCAAGAACGGACAUACUAGUUGGGUUUUUGAUGUACAGUUUAGCGCCACAAAAAUUGUAAGCUCUUCUCAGGACACUCGGAUAGUGAUCAAUGAUUUUGCCGGUGACUUGGAUACGAAAUAUUUUGUGUAA